AUGUCCUGCUCCGCUCCGGAUCUGGCCCCGGCCUUCGACAUGUGGCGCGACUACCUGGGCCUGGCGCAGGUGGUGCAGGCGCUGGCGCAGGCCCCGGAGCCCCCCCGCGCGCCGGCUGACGCCCCCCUCCCCUCCCUUCCCCCCCCAGUCGUGGAGGACCUGACCCACAAGACGGGGAACUUCAAGCAGUUCGAGAUCUUCUGCAGCAUGCUGGAGUCGGCCCUCAGCCAGAGCAGCGAGGCGGUGAGCCUGGACCUGCUGACCUAUGACGACCUGGAGGCGCUGCGGAGCCGCAAGGCUGGAGCGGGCCCCCGCCCUGUGCCCCCCCCGGCCGCUGCCGCCGCGCAGCUCCGCGCCAAGCGCUACCUCAUCCUGGUCUACUCUGUCGAGUUUGACAGGAUCCACUACCCGCUGCCGCUGCCGUACACGGGCAAGCCGGACCCCGCAGCGCUGCGCCAGGCCAUGCGCCAGCUGCAGGCAGAGGUGGCACGGCUCCGGGCCCAGCCAGGAUCGGGAUCGGGAUCGGGCCGGGACCCCCGUGACGCCGAGAUCCGCCAGCUCCGCGAUGAGCUGGCGGAGGCACGGGCAGAGCGGGGGGGCAGCACGGAGGUGGCAGCGCUGCGCCGGCUGGCGCGGGGGCUGGAGGCCGAGCUACUGCGAGAGAGGACGCGGCACCAGCGGGCGACGGCCCAGCGCCUGCACGAGGCCCAGCAGCUCGCCAGCCAGCUGGCCGAGGCGAAGGCGGCAGAGAGGAGCCUGCGGCUCCGCGUGAAGAGCCUGACCAACGAACUGGCGCUGUACAAGAGGGGGCGUCCCCCAGGCCCGGGCCCAGGCCCAGCAUCCCGAGCCAUGGCCCCUGCCCGGGGCAGCACAGGGCGGCCUGGGGGGCGCUCCAGCUCAGGAGAGCGGGGCCGCGGGGCCCCCCCCCGGCGCUGGCGGGGGGGGGGGCCCCGGGCCCGCCGCCCCCGCCAGUCCCCCUCACCCACAGGUGCCUGCCCACCACGCUUCAACCCCACGGCCUUUGUGCGGGCCAAGGAGCGCAAGCAGCAGGAAGCCGAGCUCCGGGCGCAGCGGCAGGUCCGGCGGGGGACGGGUGCCCUCCCGCCCAGCUGGGGCCGUGCACGCUCCCGGGGCCCCCCCACGGACGGGCCAGGCAGGACACGCGGGCGCAGCUCAUCCGCGGAAAGCUUCCGGAGCCAGCGCUCCUCGGCGAGCUCGCUCAGCUCUGCGGAUGAGCUCUCGGAACCAGCGCCCCCCAGGGGCCGGCGCCGCGGUGGUCGUGGCAGGAAACCCCUGAGCUCCGCGUCCUGGAACAGCCCCGACCCAGGGGCCCGCGGGCACCGCAAGUACCUGGUCAGCAGCCCCGUGCUGGGCCGGCAGGCGGGGAAAGAGAACUGCUCAGCGGAGCCCCCAGCCGACUUGGCCGAGAUCGACGCCCGGCUGCAGGCGCUGCAGGACUACAUGAGCGCCCUGGAGACCCGCACAUAGUCGCUGGGCCCGGGGCAGUGGGGGCAGGGUGUGUCUCCCCCCCCCAGCUUGGAGAGGAGCAGAGGAUCAAGAGAGAGCACCCCCAUGGGGGUGCUGGGCCUUCCAUCCAGCUGUUACCCCCCAGGGCCAAAUGCUCUGCUCCUAAUGGGGCAGAAGCUGCUACCCUGCAGGGGUUUAGCCCCCUGCUAUCCAGGUGGGGCUGGAGCUGGGAGCCCCCCCUUGCCCCUGGAGGCCAGUCAGGGGGUCUGAAGAGUCCCCACCCCCUCCAGCUGACCCUAGGGCCCAUCCAGGCACGUGCGUGUUGGGUUUCAGUGUCAGGAUGUCAGCUGCUUUUCAAGGUGUUUUAAUUUGGGGGCAGGUUGUUUUCCAUGGCAACAGAAGGGGGGGUGUAGCGAACUACUAGUUUCUCAGCCCUGCACCCCCAUGACUUCGCAGGUUGUGACACCCCCUUGUUGUCAAUAAAGCUGUAGAGAGUGGCCGUCUGUCCUGGGCUCCUGGAGAACUGCCCCCACCCAUAGCGGAGGGGCCGUGACAUGCACUGUGGGGUAAGGGCAGGCUGGGCCAGCCAGCCCUCAUGCAAGCCUCAGUUGGGGCGGGUCCCCAUGCUGCCUGGGGGGGCAACACCUUCCCCUGAGUCGGGGGUGCUAUUUCUCUAGUGGCCACCAGUGGGCAGCAGGUGCCUUUUGCCUGGCCCUAGGGAAGGGGGUGCUGUGCUGUGCCCCCCAGAAGUGGCUGCAUCAACAGCAAGCAGAGGGGCCCUAUGCCCCACCCCCCACAGUUCUUACAGGCCGGGGCUCAUUUGCAUGUCAGGCCCUUCUAGCGCGACCAGCUCCAAGGGGGGGGGACACGGUGCUGACUCCACACUGGGCAUCUCACUGCUGUGAAUUGUACCGGGGGGGGGGGCGGGGCAACAGUGGCCCCCAUGCCCUGCUUGGGCUUCUUGGGGUCACAGUCCUGGGGGGAAGGGACCCCAAAGUGAAAACCAGCCCCCUCCAGUACCCUGCUGGAUCCAGAGAAUCCAUCAACCUUCAGCUGUCUCCCCCCAGG